AUGCUGAGUACAAUACGAUCUAGAGUGAAUCAAAUUGCUGAGGGACAUCAGAGAUACCAUUACAAAUUCAACAUCUCAGAGCACGGCUCAAGCUCCAACACGGUCAACAGCACAUGGUAUGAUCGUCGAGGGGAUGCCUUAAAAUAUGCAUUGCCUGACAACAAUUGUGGCAGUCGAAUACUGCUCAUAACACGCAUUGGUGGGGUAACUUCUACCUCUUGCGUAGAAUCCCAAGGUAACAUCUAUGUUGUGAAGGCAUUGUCUCCAAAAGAGUCUUGGAUUCUAUUUUGUUGGAAGACCUUCCAAGAGAACUACUGCCCUCCACAUUUAGAGGAACUUUCACAAAGUAUCUUGGAAAAAUGUGAGGGCUUGGCCAUUAUAAUUGUGGAAAUUGGUGGUGUUUUGGCUACCAAAGACAAGACUAGAAUGGAUGAAUGGGAAAUGGUUCUGCGCAGCCUUGGUGCAGAAUUGGAAGGCAGAGACAAACUUGAGAGAUUUGUAGAAGCGAAAGAAGGGAUGACUUCAGAAGAAGUUGCUGAAGGCUACCUUAAUGAGCUUGUUAGUAGAAGCUUGGUCCAAGUGGCAACGAUAUGUUAUGAUGGAAGGCUUAGAAGUUGCCACUUCCAUGACCUUUUCUGUGACAUUAUUAUUUCAAAGUCAAUAGAACAAAGCAUUGCAGGGAUCGUUGGUGAAGAAAACACAGGGUGGCCGGAAAAAGUUUUGGACCUAAGAGGUGCUUCUUUAGAAACAGUUCCAAAUGAAGUAGUUAAAUUAUUUCAUCUACGAUAUUUAAGCUUGAAGAGAACAAAGAUCAGAACUCUUCCCAACUCCAUUGGAGAACUUGAGAACCUUGAAAUGUUAGAUCUUAAGGACACCUACGUAACGGAGUUUCCUGUUCAGAUCCUAAAGCUCCGACGAAUUCGUCAUCUCUUGGUGUAUCGCUACACUUAUGAAGCUUAUCAACCUUUCCACAGAAUACUUGGUUUUAAAAUGAUUGUGGGAAUAGAAGCUUUCGGGUUCGAAGCAAGGAUGUCGUCCAAGUUUUUAGAAAUCGAGAAGUUUAAUGGCAGAAACAAUUUCAACCUGUGGUGGGUUAGGAUGCAAGCUUUGUUGGUUCAACAAGGGUUAUCCAAGGUGCUAAAAGGGAAGGAUGCACUGCCAGAAAAGAUCAAGGACAAAUAUGAGGUUAUGAAGAAAGCACACGGUACGAUUUUGUUGUGCUUAAGUAACGAGGUUCUGCGAGAAGUUGCUGAAGAGACUACAAUGGAUGGGCUGUGGAAGACGUUAGAGUCCCGAUAUAUGACAAAAUCUAUUACAUCUAAAGAAAUGGUUGUUCACUCUUCAGAUGCAUGA